GUCAAUUAAACGGGUUUGCUGUAAUUGAACGAAUUGUUCAAUUAAACGAGUGUCGGUUAAUUGACAGUGAAAAAUAAAGCUAUGGAACAAUUAUCGAGAUCUGAUUCUCGGUUAAGUGCAACCGAAAGGAAUAAGUACUUGAGGAAACUAUUUGGAGAACACGACAGUGAUUCGAGUAGAGUUUCUGAUAGCGAUGACAAGGACUCGAUUCCAGCAAAUAGAGCUAGACAUCAAAAUCAACAAGGUAAUUCAGUGCGUAACGAACCAGAAGAUUCUGAAGAUACAGAAGAAAUCGUUAAAGAGAAUUCAGCAGUAGGAGAAGAAGUAGUUAAGAGCAGCAAAAGUAAAGAUGAUGACAAUAAAGUAGAAACAGUUGAGCCUGAAAGUAGUAAAAUAUUUAUUCUCGCAGUACGGAAACGUUGUCAAUUAGCGAGACUUUCAAAAAAAUUUUAACCACGAAAUGGUUGAUAUAAUCGUCCGUCACACUAAUAGAAAAGCUGAAACAAUUUUCCAAGAGAACAAUGCUAACCAUCCAAACUCACAGCAUCAAUGGAAGCCCGUAACGAUACCCGAAAUUUAUUCGUUCUUCGGUAUCUUGAUUUGUGCUGGAGCAAAUAAUUCGAAUACAGAUCAUACAUUGGAAAUGUGGCACUCCAAUUCUUAUUCGCCGUAUCGCGCGACGACGGGAUUGACGAGAUUCCAUAAUAUUCUGCGUUUUUUGCGAUUCGACGGUGGUAAUACUCGAAGUGAACGUAAAAAAGAAGACAAGGCAGCUCCAAUUCGUGAUGUGUGGACAAUGUUGAAUUCAAAUUUAGCUCAGAUGUACAAACCAACAGCUAACUAGACGAUUGAUGAACAGCUUUAUCCGUACCGUGGCCGUACUGGAUUAACUCAAUAUAUUCCAUCGAAACCAUUAAAGUAUGGUUUAAAGAUCUGGUGGAUUUGUGAUGCAACAAACGCAUAUCCUUUGCGGGAUUAUGUACACUAGUAAAACAGAUAAUACUCAAGAAAAAAAUCAGGGUGAAAGAGUAGUGAAAGAAUUGGCGGCUCCGUACCGAGGUAGUGGUAGAAACAUCUGCAUGGAUAACUUCUUUACUACUGUACUAGUUGCAAAACAUUUGUUGUCGUGGAAUAUUACCAUUGUUGGCACACUAAAAAAGAAUAAACCUUACAUCCUAGUGUUAUGGGAGCGAAUAAGACACGGGAGCAGUAUUCGACAGUUUUUGGAUUUCACGAAAACGUAACCAUGUGUUCCCACGUUCCUAAACAAAAUAAAGCUGUCAUUCUGAUAUCUACAAUGCAUUCAGAUAUAUCAGUUAAUGAUGACGCUAAACGAAAACCAGAAAUAAUAAAUUUGUAUAACAAAUAAAAAACUGGAGUUGACACAAUGGACCAAAUGGUGCGGAGAUACACCAGUCAACGACGAUCUUCGAGAUAGCCAAUGGCAAUGUUCUUCAACAUCCUAGAUAUUUCUUCACUUGCGGCAUAUAUAAUUUAUUAUGAAAAUAAUAAAAUGAUUGUCAAAAAAACGACAGAACGUCAUCAAUUUAUGCGUAAGCUAAGUGGCCGUGAUUGAACAUUGCCCGUGAUUGAGCAUCGCACGGCGAAUCCACAAGUAAUGCACCACUCCUUAACAAAGAUUGCCAUUGAAAGUGUACUAGGCCAUAUAAUAACAGAAACAGUCGUGAUAAAUCCUGGUCCAGAGACUCCAAAAGAUAAAACCGGAACGAAAAAAGUAACAGGAUCUUGUCAUAUCUGCAAUGCUUUGCCAAUAAGAAGACGGCGAAAGACACGUAAGGCCUGUGCCAGUUGUCACCAACUUAUGUGUGACGAGCACUCAGAUAAUCGUGUACAAUGUGUUCAAUGUCAUUAAUUAUAAAAAAAAGUGUAAUAUUUCUUUGUAUUUUUAAAAAAAUUUAUUUGCAUGC